AUGCCAGUCAUAGGUUCAUACCGCGGCUGCGACUCGUGUCGUAAAUGGAAGAAGAAGUGCGAUAGCACGCAGCCCGGCCAGCCGUGCUCGCGCUGCCGGACAAGGAACAUUGCCUGCGUCGGCGUCGGCCAGCAGCGCUUCAAGUUUAUAAACCAGUCCUCGUCCUCGUCCUCGUCCUCGUCGGCCUCGUCGGGUGGUGCUGCCGCUGCCGCUGCCCACAGCCAAAAGGUCGUCAGCCGCUUCGUCGAGCACGCGACGCCCCUGGCCACGGGCAGCCCCAAGUCGCCGCUGCGCAACGGCAACGACCGCGUCGCCGACACACUCGUCUACUUCCUGGCCUCGACGCACCAGGGCUACAACCUCAAGCCCUUCCGCCUGUCCGUGUUUGGGGAGCUGCCGCGCCGCAUCGGCUACUCGCCCGCCCUCGACGCCUCCCUCGCCGCCUUCACCAGUCUCCUCGAGACGCGGCAGUCGCCCUCGGAGCAGCUGAACCCCAGGUCGCUGCAGCUGUACGCGUCCGGCCUCAAGGCGCUCGAGACGUCGAUUGCCAACCCGUCGUCGAGAUACCGCUCCGACACCCUGUGCGCGGCCUACAUACUGUCCGAGUGCCACAUAUGGCAGGGACGAAAUGCUAAGCUCUCCCGUGGACAUGCCGAGGGCCUGGUGUACCUAAUAAAUAAUAUAGCAUGUCAGGAUUUAAAAGAUUUAUUUCUCCGCGGCAUAUGCUACGCGAUAACGGCCAACUUGCUACAAGACAGCGUCUUCAACCCAAACGUCAAGCUCAACCCGUGGAUCCAGGAGCUAUACGACAUGCCCGAGCAGCCACUGCGGCCGCUGCUGGACAUCCAGGCCAUGUCCCGCCUGCCCACCUGCGAGCUGCGCGUCUUCGCCAUGCUCCCCGACCUCAUCAGGCACCCCAGCGAGAACAAGGAGCAGAUCCACUGGAUCUACAGCUACAUCCUGGACCAGUACCUACAGGUCAAGGUCUUCAUCAGCGCCAACCGGGAGACGUCGUGCUGGAACGCCUACGACGGCAUCAUAUGCAACGAGCGGCACGGGCUCUUCAUCGCCAUUGGCAUCACGCUCAACGCGCUGCUGCGCGCCUUCAACCCCAGCAACAUACUGCUCGUCAGCCAGCGGUCCAUAUUCUGCGCCGACGCCAUCAUCCUCGCCGAGAGGGCCAAGCAGGAGCGCCCGCUGGCCGCCCACCACGUGCCCCAGGCCAUCGUGGCCGCGUGGUGCGUCACCGACGACGAGGGGACCAAGGAGACGCUCCGGCAGCUGAUUGAGGACUACCGCUCCACGUUUGCCAUGGCCAAGCUCGUGCAGCACCUCUCGUGCUGGCCCGAGGCCCCGGCCAAGCUGCGCGAGAUUCCGUGGCUCACGCUGCCGAAGAAGACGGAGGCGGCAGCGGCAGCGGCAGAAGCGGCGGCAGAAGCGGACGCCCAGUCGGUUGACACGGACGACGGGACGGAAAUCAUCGACAGGGAGACGCACGAGUUUUGCUGCAUUCUAUAG